UUCUCAAAACUUAUAUAAAAAGCACGAGGAGAAAGGCCUGAGAAAGACUCAACAUGGUAGUGUUUCCUUCAUCCAGUUACUCAUCUGUUUCCUGUCUACACCUGCAAUAUCUUUCCAAAACCAAGUGCAGACUCCAAUCGCCUCUGCUGUCCUUUUUUGAGUCAUCAAACAUUGUCUGUAGCUCUUAAUCUCACCCUUCUUUCUGAGAAGGAGAAACUUGCAAACGGUUUACUUUUAUUUUAUUGCUGGAUUAAUAACUGCAGGGUCAUCCUUUCUCAAAUAAAACAAAGAAGACGUGUGCUGUUGUUGGAAACGGUGGGAUUCUGACAAACAGCAGCUGUGGAAAAACGAUCGAUUCAGCUCAGUUUGUUAUCAGGUGUAACUUGCCUCCUUUGUCAAACGGAUAUGAGGAAGAUGUUGGCAUGAAAACAAAUAUUGUGACUGCAAACCCAAGUAUAUUCCUACAAAAGUAUGGCUCUCUUUUAGAACACAGACGUAUGUUUGCAGAGAGUCUGUGCCAAUAUGGCAAAGCCUUGCUGCUGCUUCCUGCCUUCUCCUAUCGUAUUAACACAGCAUUGUCUCUACGGGCGUCCUACACCAUCGAUGACUUUAGGAUCCCCAUUCAGCCUGUCUUCAUCAACCCAAAGUACCUCCAAAGUCUUGCUCUUUUUUGGGGCUCUCUAGGAUUGAAGGCAAGACGUCUCACCACUGGCAUUAUGAUGACAAGCCUGGCGCUGGAGCUGUGUGACAACGUGGAUCUGUAUGGAUUCUGGCCUUUCGGUGUUCACCCACACAGCUUCCAAAACCUGACUCACCAUUAUUAUGAUGACGGAAAAGUGAAGAAAGGUUUCCACUCCAUGUCUGAUGAGUUUAAGUUGUUGUUGCAUUUGCACAACCAAGGUGUGCUGAAGCUGCACCUUGCGGAGUGUGGACCAGAUGAACAGUAGUUACAUUUGGCUGUUACGGCCCCUGGCCUCUUGAGGCUGUGCAGGUUUUCUUUGGGUAUGCAGGAUCAGCUGUGUGGACACAUCUUUCUGAUUGGCUGCAGGAGAGCAGCCACCCCAUUGGAUCAGCAAAGCCAAUCAGACAUUGAUGAGGCCCACCUGCACCAUAUAAAAGACACCUCUAAUCAUUCCUUAAAAGAGGUUGUGUAAAGCUGACCCCCACCUUCCGUGUUUGGUAACUGUUUUGGACAGUUUGAACAAUUUUGUUCUUGCUUAUUUUGGUAAGUGGUUUGAAUCUGCUUUAGAUAAAUCUCAAACAAGCUAGAGGCUUGUGUUUGGGAAGUUUUGGUGCUCCCUUUUGUCCUUUCUUUUGGGUUGUUUUGAGUUACGUGUUUGAACAUCUUGUUCUUUAAUUUGCAGUCAGUGAUUUCUGAAUUUGUUGGUCCUUUACUCUUGUUUAAUUGGGUUAAGUUGUAUUGUGUUUUGGUUUUGUGAAAACCAUCUUUUUUUAAUAAAUCAUUUUUUCAUUCCACUUUUUCUCUGGACACAUUUUUAUGUUACCGCCCCUGAACCCCUAGACCUUGGGGGCGUAACAGGCAAAGACUUUCUCAGCGUACUGUAAGGCA